AUGGAGGAAGUUACAAUAGACAAUGGAAUGAUAAUUGAAGAAGAAGCUAUUGAAGGACUUCACUUGUUUGGAGAUAAAAAAGAAAUGACACUAUUUAAACAUUUAAAUAGAACACAUACAAAGAUAGGAGAAAAGAUGAUAAAAGAAUGGAUUAGACAACCAUUAAUAGAUAAGGAUAAGAUAAAUAAACGACUAGAAUUAGUAGAAGGGUUUUAUGAGAACUCAGAGAUUCGAUUAAAAAUCAAAAAUGAAGAAUUAGCAAUAAUGCCAGAUUUAGAGAAGUUAAUAAAAGGGAUAAAUAAAAGUGAUUUAGAAAGUAUUGUCAAAUUAUAUGAAGCAGUAAGAAUUAGUAAAAGUAUCAAAGAAGAAUUAAAAGAAAUGAAUAACAAAGAAAUAGAAAAAGAAAUAAUAGAAGCAUUAGAAAGAAUUUCAGAAGAAAUGGAAAAAUUUGAAGAAAUGGUAGUAACACUUAUUGACAUUGAAGAAACAAAAAAUCAUGUAUUUAAAAUAAGAGAAGACUUUGAUGAAGGACUUCAAAAAAUAAGAGAAAAUCAUAAAAAAGUAGAAGAACUUUUUGAAAAAUGUUUAGAACAAGCAGCAAAUGAUCUUAAUAUUAAAACAGAUAAAAUUAAAAUAAUUGAACAUAAUAAUAAUUUAAUAUUAAGAGUAUCUAAAAGUAAUGAAAAAGAAGUUAAAAAGAAUAAAAAGUAUACUAUUAUUCAAACACUUAAAGGAGAAUGUAAAUUUACAUUUAAAGAAAUGCAAACACUUAAUGUUAAAAGAGAUAAACUUAAUUUAAAAGAAGAAGAAAUUAAUAAAAAAUUUAUAGAAGAAAUUAAUAAAGUAAUUGAAGGAUAUAAAGAAACAUUUAAAGAAUUAGAAAAUAUUAUUGGAUAUAUUGAUUGUAUUCAAUCAUUUGCUACAAAUGAAAGUGAAAAAGGAAUUAUUAAAAUUAAAAAAGCAAGACAUCCAUUAAUUGAAAAUAAUAGUAUAAAUACAUUUAUUGAAAAUGAUAUUGAUAUUAAUAGAAAAGAAACAAGAUUUCAAAAUAUUACAGGACCAAAUAUGGGAGGAAAAUCAACAUAUUUAAGAAUGAUUGGAUUAUGUGUUAUUAUGGCACAAAUUGGAAUGUUUAUUCCAUGA